UGGAAAAAUAGUUCCCGUUUGAACGUGUUUCCAGUCGGACGGUAUUAUUACAAGGACCACCAAGAUGGCUGCCCCUGCAAGUGACAAUGGAGACUUUUCUUAGUGACAUAACUAAUUAGUAUUAUCAGAAGGCACUGUAACUAGGAAAUAUGGGUUUUAUUAGACACGUCGUAUGUGCCAUGUCCGGCGGAGUUGACAGCUCUGUCGCCGCGUUGUUACUGAAGAGAAGAGGUUACAGUGUAACAGGGGUUUUUAUGAAGAACUGGGACUCCCUGGAUGAGAGUGGCGUGUGCAACACAGAGAAAGACUGUGAGGACGCCUACAGAGUCUGUCAGAGCCUGGACAUCCCCUUCCAUCAAGUGUCUUAUAUCAAAGAGUACUGGCAUGAAGUGUUCAGUAAACUGUUAAAGGAAUAUGAGAAAGGGAGGACACCCAACCCAGAUAUACUAUGCAACAAGCAUAUCAAAUUCAACCAUUUCCACAAAUAUGCCAUCAACACUCUGGGUGCUGAUGCCAUGGCAACAGGACACUACGCCAGGACGUCACAGGAAGACGAAGAGGUGUUCCAACAGAAGACCACAGCGCCGACGACAACCCUCUUCAGAGAUCGUUUUGAGAUUAGAAAUCCGGUGAGGCUGUUCCAAGGAGCAGAUCUCUUCAAAGACCAAACUUUCUUCCUCAGUCAGAUCUCGCAGGAGGCCUUGCGACAAACCAUGUUCCCGCUGGCCGGACUCACCAAAGACUUUGUCAAAAAGAUUGCUUUGGAGGCAGGGUUUCACCAUGUGCUGAAGAAGAAAGAGAGCAUGGGCAUCUGCUUCAUUGGAGAGAGAAACUUUGAAAGCUUUAUUUUGGAGUAUCUGGAACCUAAACCAGGGAACUUUGUCUCCCUGGAGGACGGGGCUGUUGUGGGAACACACAAAGGCUGGUUCACCAUGACGCUGGGCCAGAGGGCGAGAAUUGGAGGGCAGAGAAACCCCUUUUUUGUGGUGGACAAAGACAUCACUACUGGGGAUGUGUUUGUGGCUCCUGCUACUAACCACCCAGCUCUUUUCCGUGACACGGUGCGGACCGACCGCUUCCACUGGGUAACAGUCGACCCGCCUGCUGAACUAGUCAAGACCCAGAUGAUGGAGUGUAAUUUCCGCUUCAACCACCAGAUGCCGCUCAUUCCCUGUACAGUGACUCUGAACAUGAACGGCUCUGUGUGGAUCUCUCUCUCCAGACCAGUCCGAGCUCUGACCCCUGGACAGUUUGCUGUUCUCUACAAAGGAGAUGAGUGUCUGGGCAGCGGGAAGAUCAUGCAGUUGGGGCCCAGCGAGUACACCCUGCAGCAGGGCAGAGAGCGCCUGUUAGCAGCCGCGCAGCAGCAGGAGCAGCAGACCCCCGAACCAGCCAGCUGAGAGGACUUCGCCGCCCAGCCGUGUUGGAAAUGAGCUCUGUCCGGUACAUUAGGUAGAGCACACUGUUUAAGAAGAUAAACUGUCUCUUAGAAAAGGCUGUGUGACGAAGUUCCUGUUCCGGACUCCAUUUAAAAAACCGUACACCAGUUUUUAAUCGCCCAAAUUGGACAGAUCAACGGUUGAUAUGACAAAGGGUUGAUUUUUGUACACUUUUAGUGUUGGACACAAAAGUGUAUAUACUAGCUGCUACGAUGAACCAUCUGUAUUCAAGCCAACGGGUUUUUUGGACUUUGGGGCUGCAUUUGAAAUAGUAUGUGUUAUUUUUACUGUAGUACUUUCUGGAGCUGCCCUUACAGAGUGUGUACUCCUGACAAUAAGACUUGAACUUUAACCCCCGCCUUUUUUCCUUUAUUCGUCCAGUCCGUAGCGGGAUGGAGCUGUCCUCAGGAUGUCUGUGCUCUCUCCUUGGCUUAUUUUCUGAUUUGCAGAGGGAUGUGAGUCAGAAUAGCCAGAAAAGUAUGCUGUGACGUACUAUUUACUGGGACAAACUUUUUCUGGUAUACUAAAUAGUACUGAAGUAUCAGUAUUGGAACGCACCCUAGAUGUAAUAACUGAAAUAAAAUAAAGUAGCACCUUUUUUUAGAAAUAAAUCCAUGUUUUCAGUCCAGUUACUCUUUAUCUAACAGUCAAUCUACACCAACACCGCUAAUAGCUAAUUGUAUUCAUCUUUAGAAUAUAAUCAAUUGUGGUCUGGAAGUCUUUUCUCAAGGAUGUCUGAGCCCUUUACUGUUCUGUUCCUAACUGAAAAUAUAGAAACCUGUUUGGGAACCUGGGAAAUGAGAGUUUAACUUUAACCUAGCAGAGGGUUAAUAGCUGAUGGUUGACACAAUUCUGGGGCCUGUUAUCUGUGCAUGGAAGUGACACUUACUGUAUAUUCUCUUCUUUGUUCAUUGUAAUGUAAUUUCAACCUUAUUUUUCUUUCAUUUCUGAGACUUUCCCUCCUGUCCUAUACCUCUAUUCCAACUGUCUUGUUCAGCCUGCUUCUGUGCCAACUGGAAACCUACAGUACAGUCUAUGAGUAAUCAAUGGUAAUAUUUGACUCCAAUUGGUUCUUUGAAUCAUUGUUUAAAUAAGCAACAUGGUUAUUCGUUCUGUUAGUUAAUUUCUAAGUAAAGUUAAGACUUUAGUACUAAACAAGAAAAAGAAGUAGUCAAACUGCACCCUUUUAGUUGUUGAAGACGAAAUUAUGUUUCAAAGCACAGCUGCUGGCACACAGGAGUUAAUAAACAACUUAAAAACAUUCUAAGCUUUUUUUUGAAUAAUUGAAAAGACUGGUAAAUUGUUUUAAUUCAAAUGUGUUAAUUAAUUCAUUUCUACUGUAAAACAAAUUCUAUUGCUCUAAGUGUAGGGGUUUUUCCUACAGCUACACUUGAAAUAUAUAUAAAUUAAGAACAUUUUAAGUGCCUUAUCUUUUCAAAUGGCUUUUAAAGUCAAAAGUCAAAGUCAACUUUAUUGUCAGUCCUUCAGUUUGUGUGUACAGACAGAGCGAUCGAAAUACUGUUUCCCACAAUCCCGAGGAUUAACAAAAGUCUAUGGAAUAUGAGUUAUUGAAUGAGUAGAAUCUGUGAAUAACUAAACAUUUACCAAUGAGUGAAUAAACCUUAUCAGUGGUG